CCUCUUGUCUUCUUCUUCCUCUCCAUUUCAUACACAAGAAAAACACUACAGUAAGAGAGAUAGAACACAAAUAUAAACACUUAGAGAGAGAGAGAGAUAUAGAGAUAUAUAUAGAGAGAGAGAAGCUGUCUUCUCUGGAAUUUGAGAUUAGUAGUGAAAAGUGAUAAGAUAGAAUCGAAAAUGGCCAAACAUGAAGGACACUCACUUUUGCAGUGUUUUCUUGUGUAUAAAUAUACAUAUGUGUUCUUAUUCGCAUAAAUAAAGGUGAUAAUUUCAACCAAAGGCUGCUCCUUCAACAACCUCACAAGAGCUGAGUUCUUACUUUCUGCUCCCAAUGAGGCAUUAUAGCAAGUGACUUUGCUAGUUUGCCACCAUGUUGGAGGGUCCAUCAUAUCUUGUAUCUCGAGACCUAACUAGAGCCUGUGAGCAAGAGAGCACAUGGAUUUAUACUGCUUCCCUUGUCACAGAAAAUUCAAAGGAGAAACGCCGUUUGGAAGAGGAAGAAGACAUUGCACUGAGGAAGUCCUUGAAGCUGGCUGAUUGCCUAGAGAAAGAGGAAACGGUGCAGGGUUUUCAUGAUCUUUCAUUGUCGCAACGAGAAUUAACUAGUAAUGGACAAGAAGAUGCAAAUCAUUCUGAUAGAAACGAUCUAAUCCAUCAAAUUGGCCGAGACCUUUCAGUAAAUUGCCUACUUCACUGUCCAAGGUCAGAUUAUGGCUCAAUUGCCUCGUUGAACCAAAGCUUUAGGUCUCUUGUUCGUAGCGGGGAGCUAUAUAAACUAAGGAGAAUGUUGGGUAUUGUAGAACAUUGGGUUUAUUUAUCUUGCAACCUUCUUGAAUGGGAUGCCUUUGACCCCAAUACUGGUAGAUGGAUGCACUUGCCUACAAUGACAUCAAAUGAAUGCUUCAUGUGUUCUGACAAGGAAUCACUGGCUGUUGGUACCGAACUUCUUGUUUUCGGGAAAGAAAUAGAAUCCCAUGCAAUCUACAAGUACAGCUUGUUGACUAAUUCAUGGUCGCCUGCAAUGAGGACGCAUACACCUAGAUGCCUGUUUAGCACUGCGAGCCUUGGUGAAAUUGCAAUUGUGGCGGGUGGUUGUGAUUCAACCGGAAAUGUACUAAGCUCUGUAGAGCUUUAUAACUCUGAGACUGGAACUUGGGAGAUUUUGCCUAGUAUGAAUAAAGCCAGAAAACUGUGUUCAGGAGUGUUCAUGGAUGGAAAGCUGUAUGUGCUUGGAGGGGUUGGGGCGGGCAGUUCGAAUAUACUCACCAGCGGGGAGGUAUACGACCUGAAAACAAGGAGUUGGGUCGAGAUCCCUGAAAUGUUCCCUGCACGCGGGGAAACUAACGAUGCUCCUGCAACAGCCAAGGCGCCCCCUCUUCUCGCGGUUGUGAAGAAUCAACUGUAUGCUGCUUUCUAUGCUGAAAAAGAAGUGUUGAAGUACAACAAGGAGAGGAACUCAUGGAGUGUAAUAGGAAGGCUUCCCGAGCAGGCAACAUCGGUGAAUGGUUGGGGCCUAGCCUUUAAGGCGUGCGGUGAUAAGCUUAUUACGAUUGGGGGUCCCCGGGCGAUGAAUGGAGGAUUCAUAGAGAUCAAUUCUUGGGAGCCUGAUCAAGGCGAAGGCCAGUCCCAGUGGAACUUGCUGGGGAGAAAGCAUUUGGGAAGUUUUGUCUACAAUUGUGCAGUGAUGGGUUGCUGACAUCUCUGAUUUUGAAGAUGCUAUCCUCUCCAUACUUAGCUUGUAUUUACUAAACUCUCUCUUUCUCUAUCUCUCUUGUGCCUACCAUAAGAGCAUAUCAGUGAUCAAACUGUAUUCCAAAGAUCAAUAAUCAUCACCUAGUUUUCUUUGUUGAAAAUUACUUCUUCGCCAUUUUCGCA